CCAUGCCCGUCAGGGUGACCCAGAGGCCCCAGGACCAAGAGCCAAAUGCCAGCGAGGUGUCGCACAAUGGAAGUGUGCAGGAUGUCAAAUUGUAUAACCCACUUGGAGGUUUGCAGGCACAUAUCAGAGAGGCAUGGUCCAAAGAACAGGAAGUGGAGAAAGGCAUUAAAAGUUUGACCUACAUUGAAAGAUUGAAGGAGCGUGUAAAGAAAGUGAAAAUACCAGAGCUCAGGAGAGCCCCAUGCAGCUCUCCAGAUCUUGUGCCUGAGAGGAAGAGAACGAUGCCCACGAACCCUGCCAAAUUCUUCCAGAGACUUUCCAGGACUGUUUCCCAACGACCCAUCAGAGACAGGGUGAUUCAUUUACUGGCUCUCAAGAAUUACAAGAAGCCAGAGCUACUUUCCCACUUAGAAAGAGAGGGAGUUGUGCAAAAGGACAAGGAAUCUCUUGGAAAGAUCCUUCAGGAGGUAGCCAACCUGGAUGCAAAUGAGAAUUCUUUCAGCCUGAAGGAACAUUUCUUUAAAGACAUCCAGGAAGAUUGGCCUGGCUACACUGAAAGAGAUAGACAGACAUUGGAGGUGACCCUUUCUCAAAAACCAACUCCAUCUCAGAAUUCCACCAGCACCAGCCAGUCACCAUCUCUGGGACCUUCUGAAGGAGAUACUCCACCCAGAACUGCUCAGAAACGGCCUCUGGAUUCUGACUUUCUCAGUCCUGUGAUGGGCAAGAAGCAGAGGAUUGACCAAGAGCCCAGUGAUGUCCAGCCAGCAGCUGGUGGCCACUCUCCUUCUUUCUUGGACCUGCCUUCCACAUCCUGUUCAAUUUUGAACAUGUCUCCAAGUGUCAGAUCCAUUUCCGCUUCCACCGAAGUACAACUGAAAAAUAAGGUUCUGACACAUUCUGGAUUCCCAGUGUCUGCCAGGGUGCAGGGGAAGACUCCCAAGUCCAAAGGAGAAGAAGCAGAGGUCAGAGGAGCCCAACAAAACAAUCCAGGUCCUGUGCCUGAGAAGAAGAGGAUGGUGCCUAUGAGACUUGCAGACAUCGACUGGAGCGGCUGCGCUGCUGUUUACGGCCGACCCUACAGGGACAGGGUGAUUCAUCUGCUUGCUCUGAGGGAUUACAAGGAGCCAGAGUUACUUGCUCGGCUGCAGAGAGAUGGAGUCAGGCCAAAGGACAAGGAUUCCCUUGGAAAGAUCCUUCAGCAGGUAGCCAACGUGAAUGCAAAGGAGAAUUCCUUUAGUCUGAAGGAACAUCUGUUUCAAACCCUUCAGAGUGAUUGGCCUGGCUACAGUAAAAUCGAAAGAAAGAGUUUGAAGUCAAUACUUUCUAGAAAAUCAGCUCCAUCUCAGAACCCCACCAGCAGCAGCCAAGCAACGUCUCCAAGGCCUUCUGAGACAGAUGCUCCAGCAAGACCUGCUCAGAUACGGCCUUGGGCUUCUGGCUUUAUCAGUCCUGUCAGGAGCAAGAAGCAGAGAACUGAGCAGUAGCCCAGUUACAUCCAGGCAGCAGCUGGUGGCCACUCUUCUUCCUGGGUGCUGGCUUUAACAUUCCAUUCUAUGGGGAUGUCAAAGCCAUCCCUGUAGAAUGGGAUGUCAAAGCCAGCACCCUGUCUCCAAGUCUGGGCUCCAUUUCCCCUGCACCCUUUAGGUUCAAGAAAAAGACAAAUGUUGGAGUUCUAGAAUGCCAGCAGUUGUGUAGAGGACUAGCAUGUCCAAAAAGAUGUGAAGAGAGCUGGGGAGGCUGAAGCAGUAGUGUCCCUUGGAUUUCAAUGAAGGUAUUAAUGUGCUGCUUUUCCCAACUCCAGUGUGGACAAUGAUGGAGUAAAAUUUGAUUAUUAAGAGAAGCCUCUGCCCGAAUUUUGGUGCAACCAAGACCAUAUUUCAGAGUUAAUACUACAGAUGUUGUUUACAAGUAAAUGUGAACUAGGGAGCUAGAAAGGUAAAGGAGGAGAUGGGCCAGGUGGGGGGAAGUGCAGAGAUGAACACCGAGGUGGGUGAGGCCCGGACGGGCCCUCCCUUCCUGCAGUGCAGCUGCACAGGCUCAGCUGCAGCAGUGCUGCUGCAUCCCCUCAUGGCAUUUGCAGGAGGGGAGGGAGAAGUGUGUGUGUGGUCUAAAGCCCUGGAAAUUGCUCACAGCUUGUGUCAGGGCAGUGGUG